UAGCAGGGCAGUGAAAAUUAUUUCAACCAAGGCGAGUUGAAUAGGUCUAAUUAGCGUCUGGAGCACAUGCCCCUGUAUAUGACGUCAUUUUAAUCUGCAUCAAUGCAUGUGUACUGUAGUUGAUGUCGUCAUACUAACUCAUGACGUCACUUUGUUUACACGAGGAUCAAACGCGUCUCAGUCAGGAAUAAUAUCUUGUCAAUAUCUUCUUUAGAACAUUUGCUUGCGCCGUUUGUCAUCCAAUUAGUAAUUGUAAUGGAUGUUUCUAUUCCACAAUCUCCACCACAGAUCGUCGAUGGCAUAACGUUGAAAUUUCCAGCAGUGUUGUGGCGUCUUGUAAACAGUUGUAACACAGGUGCAAUUGGAUGGGAAAGCGAUGGGACGUGUGUAAGAAUUGAUCAAGAAAAGUUUGAAGAAAACUACCUCAAUACGCAAACGUUUUUCAAGACCAAAAAUUUUCAGAGCUUUAUUCGACAACUAAACAUCUAUGGUUUCAGGAAGUUGCCAUCUCACUAUCAUAGAUCACAGGAUGAGGCAGUGUUCGUUUAUAGACACGAGUGUUUUAGCAGAGGCCAUCCUGAGCGUCUGUCAGGGGUUGUAAGAAAUACAGCAGUUAGGCGUACUCAACGGGAAAAAUCCAUCAGGGACCUUGAAGCAAAACAUGGCAAGAUCCUCUUUGAUGACAAUGAUUCUCAUGACAAAAGUCCUGUCAAAACUAAAAUAUGCUGCUUGAAAAAAGAAGUUGACGAAAGCCAUCCAUUGUUGAAGAGCAACCAAGCAUCAAAUGGCCUCCCCACUGGGACCCUAGCAGGGACUCAGAAAAGGGCAAAGUCCUCAAAGGUGACCACUGUCUACUUCAACUCUCGGGGCCCAACAAGCGACAUUCAGACCAUGAGCCCGAGCAAACUCCACCACCAGGUGGCUGAUAUACUCUCAGCCUUGAACCAGAGUGAUGAUGAAGACGGUCCCCCUUUCAAAAGGUCAUGCACAAUCCGUACCGUUCAUAGACCUGCAGAUCUGGAGAAAAAAGGUGCUACCCUGGCAUGUCUGGAUAAACUUUCCCAGGACAGCAACCUCCCUACGUCUUGCAAUCAUCUCAUGUUUGGAUGUCCCCUGGAUGAAAAUGAUGAUCUUGAUGACAACGAUUUGAGUCUGGACUUUGAUCCCAGUUUGUACGGCACAAAUCAUGAUUACAUGUCCAUUUUGAAUAGUUUAAACACAGAUUUGGGUUCCAAGUGUCUGGAUGAUGGCUUGUGUCAUACUGUGAUGUGUAGCCGGGACAUUGACGUUCUCAAUGGGCAGAUGAUGUCCAAUAAUGCUAUAGAUUCUGUGACCAGUUUUUUGGAUGAUCAGAUCUUAACACCGGCAUAUUUUGAUCCAGAAACAGGGUUGGUAACCCUGCUGUUACCUGAAUUCUGAAUUUUUUAUUUUCAACACCAUUGGGCAUGUUUUUUUAAAGUUGUUAUUUUGUAGCAUUCCUAUUUGAUUUUUCUGACAGUGUUGGAAAAUAAAAUAAAAAAUCUA